GCCCCCUGGCGGCGGGGGGCGGCGCCCGGCUUGGGGCGAUGGGGUCGGCGGCGCUGGAGAUCCUGGGGCUGGGCCUGUGCGUGGCCGGCUGGGUGGGCAUGAUCCUGGCCUGCGGGCUGCCCAUGUGGCGGGUGUCGGCCUACCUGGACGGGAACAUCGUGACGGCGCAGAACGUGUGGCAGGGCCUGUGGAUGAACUGCGUGGUGCAGAGCACCGGCCAGAUGCAGUGCAAGGUCUACGACUCGGUGCUGGCGCUGCCGCCGGAGAUGCAGGCGGGGCGGGCGCUGACGGUGGUGGUGGGGCUGCUGGGGCUGGUGGCGUUGCUGGUGACCGUGGCCGGGGCCCGCUGCACCACCUGCGUGCCGGCCGGGCCGGCCAAGGCGCGGGUGGCCACGGCGGGGGGCGGGCUCUUCGUGCUGGGCGGCCUGCUGUCCCUCGUGCCCCUCGGCUGGUUCGCCCACACCGUCAUCAGCGACUUCCACAACCCGCGGGUGCCCGUGUCGCAGAAGCACGAGAUGGGCGCGGCGCUGUACAUCGGCUGGGCGGCCGCCGCGCUGCUGCUCGGGGGCGGCGGGGUCAUCUGCUGCGGCGCCUGUCCGGCCCGGGACGAGCUGGGCUUCCCCGUGCGCUACUCGGCCCCGAGGCGGCCCGCCCCGAGCGGAGACUACGACAAGAAGAACUACGUCUGAGGCCACCCGGGCCCCUCCGCCUCCACGCGGACCCCGGGACCGUCGAGGGGGAGCCGGGGGCGACCGCCGCUCCGGCCCGGACCCCGGGCUGGCUGGCUGGCUGACCCCCGGGCCCGGGGGCGGCGGCGGGGCCCGUCCCCUCUCCUCCCCACCCCUUUCCCCGGAUCCCGCGCCUUACGGUCCACCCCGACGACCCCCUCCCUCCCCGCCUCCCUCUCCCCUUCGGCCUCGUCGGUCGCAAGGCCGGACGGACACAAGAGCGGGGAUUCCGUCAAGUCUGUACUUUCCCCGGGGGCUCCGCUUUUCCACGGUCUCCGCCUGAGAACCCCCCACCGCGCCCCGUCUCCCCUCCCCCCGCAGCAGCGCCCGCUGGGCGGAGACCACCGGCUUGAGGGUCGGGAGACCUGGCAGCUGAUUCCGGCUCUGCCCCGGGGCCUCGGCCAAGCCACUCGACUUCCCCGUGCCUCAGUUUGCCUCAUCUGCACGAGGGGGCCCUGUUCCUUCAUCCCCUCCAGACCGCGAGCCCCACGCCAGACCCGUCUAUCUUGUAUCUACCCCGGUGCUCGGCACACAGUAAGCACGGAAGAAAUGCCACAAUUCUUCUCACCGUUAUUAGCGAGGGGACAGUGGCCUGACACCCCCCCCCCCCGCCGCCCCCGCCCCGCCCGGGAUGUUCCUGGCCGCCUUCCAGCUCCAGCCGGGGGCCAGCUCUUGCAAGUGCUCCCGGAGGGAGGAAAGUCCGGCCACGGACCGCCAGAAAACGCCCAAGGAACAUUGGAAACGGUGGGGGAACGUGGGACCCCCCCCCAGACUUGGGGUGCGGGGGGUGGGGGAGGGCCGACGGCUCUGUCCUGGUCCCCGUCCGCUGACAUCUGUCCCCUUCCCCCCCUCCUCGCCCAAGUAAACGGAAUGGACCGGC